AACAGAGGGUGGUUUGGUGGGAAUUGGGUAUUAAAUUAAUGGAUCGCUGUGACAGAGAGCUGUCUCAUUUCCGGGGAAAGGGAUCUGAGAUCUCUAUAAAACUGCCCCUGCCCCGGAGAUCUUCAUUUCCUCCUUUCGCCUUCUUCUCAAGCUCAGGCCACCCCAGCACACAAGGAUGUGCUCCCGCCAGGAGAAGGACCACUGCCAUAAGCAGGAGCGCUACGUCCAACAGAGCAGCGGUUGCUGCCACAGCUCUGGUGGCGGCUGCCACAGCUCCGGCGGCGGUGGCGGCUGUCACAGCUCCGGCGGUGGCGGCGGCUGUCACAGCUCCGGCGGUGGCGGCUGUCACAGCUCCGGUGGCGGUGGCUGUCACAGCUCUGGUGGCUCCGGCUGCCACGGGAAGCCGCAGGUGGUGUACCACCAGCAGCAGCAGCAGCAGGUCCACCAGCUGCCCUCGCAGAAGCUGAAGUGAUGGAGCAUCCCGUGCGGCCCCGCUGUGGCAGCAGAGCCCACGCACAGACCAGCUCCGUGCAGCCUCCCCGAAGCUCUGCACGCCCCGGGGCACCCAGCUGCACCCCAUCAGCUCUGCCCCCAAGCUGCAGCUGCCUGGGAUGGGCAUCGCUCCUGCUUCCCCGCCACCUGAGCCAC